CCGUAAAACCGGAAGUUGAAAUUUGUAAAACAAUUGUUUGAUAAUAAUAAUAAUAUAUCAAAAUGCCGUACGCAAACCAACCGACAGUGCAAAUCAGCCAGGUGUCUGAUGAAAAUAUAAAAUUUGUCCUAGAAGACACCGAUUUGAGUGUUGCGAAUGCUCUGAGGAGAGUCUGUAUUGCAGAAGUACCAACAAUGGCUAUAGACUGGGUUCAGAUUGAGGCCAACUCAACUGUGCUGUUUGACGAGUUUAUUUCCCAUCGAAUUGGACUGAUUCCCCUCACCAGUGAUGAUGUGGUCGACAGGAUGCAGUACUCUAGGGACUGUACAUGUGAGGAUUUCUGCCCAGACUGCUCUGUCGAGUUUACCAUGGACGUGAAAUGCCAGGAUGAUGUCACACGUCACGUAACCAGCGCCGACCUCAUCUCCAGCAAUCCAAAAAUUGUACCGGUGACGUCACGCAACAAAGAAGAGGGAAGUGAAUAUGACGACACAGAUGACAUCUUGAUUGUGAAGUUGCGAAAGGGUCAAGAGGUGAAGGUGAAGGCGUUCGCCAGGAAGGGGUUCGCGAAGGAGCAUGCCAAGUGGAACCCCACAACAGGGGUCUGCUUCGAGUACGACCCAGAUAACGCUCUACGCCACACAACAUACCCCAAACCUGAGGAAUGGCCCAAGAGUGAAUAUUCCGAGCUCGAGGAAGAUGAAUAUCAAGCGCCGUUUGACCCAACAGGCUUCCCUAACAAGUAUUUCUACAACGUAGAGUCCUGCGGUUCCAUGAAGCCAGAGAAUAUCGUGUUCUCAGCCCUUGCAAGACUUAAAGAAAAACUGUCUAACCUGCAGACCCAGCUUAGCCAUGAGAUACAGAGUGAUGUGCUGGCUGUGUGAGAGAGUUAGUGCUGUAUUGUGGAUGUUAGAUGGACCAUGUUGCGUUUAUAUGAUGUUUGCCCUCAAAGACAAUUUUACCACACAGACAAAUAUGUGCAUAUAGACGCAAAUCCCAAAUGGUUCAUUUUCCCUCGGGGGCAAUUAAGCCCCAUGUCUGGAGGUGGGGUAAAUUUGCCCCUGUGGGAAUUACAUGUCAUAUAAACCCAGCAAGUACAUAAAAAGAACUUCAUAACAAUAAUAGUUUGUAUGCGACAAUGUGGCUGUUAUGUUUAUUUUAUUGUUAUAAAAAUAAUAGGCAGAAGAGUAAGUUUGUUGAGAACUCAAGAUUAUUUUAUAUCUGCUGUUUAAAAUCAUGAUUGUGUAGAAUGUUUCUACAUGUAUAUGUUUUUACUUUGGCAACUUGUAUGGGAAAAUUGUUUAGUCAUAUAAGUGCUUUUGACAUUUUUUGUCCGAGUUCAAUAAAACCAUUGAAACAUAAGUGUUUGAGAAUAUUGAGUGAGUCACGUGCUGAAAUGUCAACAAAGCAACAGAAUAACGGGCGUGAGACUCAGCCAUGUUCAUUAUGACUAAUACAAGAAAUUCAGAAAAAAACACUGACAAAAACAAUCAAUGCAAGGAGUUAUGUUAUAUAUUUUUGCAUAAAACGGCCUGAAAAAAAUAUAUAAAUAAAAAAAUUCUAUUGAUGCAUGACUGUGCAAAAUUCUAUGUUUUUUUUAUGAAACACAAUUAUUUUAUUGUUGGACUGAAACAGUUUGGCUGUCUAAAUAUGAACUUUUAUUUUGAAAGGCACGCUUUUUAUUGUUUAAACUUUAUAAUAAAAAGUGACAUAUUGUAUACAUGUAGCCAUGGUAUCAUUAUGAUGUUGAGAUUUUUUUAAUAUUUGAUUUUAAGUCCGAUGAAUGAGUGACAGAAUGGCCAUUGUUAUUUAGAAUUGGCAUAAUUCCAAACAUUUGUAAACCUGUUUUAUAAAGAAAGGAAUGGUCUGACAUUGUGGUCAGAACUAAAUGGGGUUUUGUACAAAAACUAAGUUUAAGUGAAUAAAAACUUGAAAAUCAA